UGGAAAAAGUGAGGUUAUAUUUGAAUUGUUUACUUCAUAGAGGAAGAUUGUUAAUAUACUCCUUUUUGGUUUACUCAAAGAUUUGGAUGCUGCGAACUAGUAUUCGAUAGUUUACCUGUAAUAAAGGGUUGAUAAAAUUUAGUUUGAGAUGCAGGCUGUCAACGAGGAGAUAGAUGAAGCCACGGAACUUUCUUCGAAUGACGGCGACCGAAUUGAAACCAUACGAACGGAAUUGAGGGAAGCUGCCUUAAUAAAAAGGAAGGAAAAUCGUGUGUCCGCCUGGAACAAGAGUCGUACUAAUUUGGGAGAAUGUCCUGGGAUCGAAUUGUUUUCCAUCGAGUACAUCAACAAGAAAGUAAAGCUUCUCAAGAGAAAAAAAAUAUCCCUCGCGGAUUACAGAUAUUUGCCCAAUGCUCUUAUUCAGUCGGAGGAGAACAUAAAUGCUUUUUUAAAAGUAGACCAAAGCUUAUCGGGCCUUGUACGUGACCUAUCUGGCAAUGAUCCAAUUUUUCAAUUAUAUGCAGCUAAUUGCUGUUGUAAUAUUGCUUUGGGAAAUACGAAAGCAUGUACAGCAUUGGGAAAAGCAGUUAUUCCAUAUUUGGUUGUCAAAUUAGAAAGUUUAAAUUAUGCAUUGCUGGAUGUUUGCAUUUGGACAAUCGGUAAUUUAGUUGCAGGAAGCAAUAAGGCUUUCUCUAUCUUGCAUGCUCAGCAUUGCCUGAAAUAUGUAAUUUUACUGUUGCACAAUUGUGACGACUCAGUUCUUCCUUCUGUAAUAUAUGCGCUCUUACAUUACAUACAUGUGGGAUUUCACAAGAUAUCAGAAAGUGAAAUGUUAGAGCUGAUUGAAAUUACCAUAAAACGGAAUCUCUUGUACAAAAAUCCUAAUUAUAUUUGGUUAUUAGCUUUAUUAUCCUCUUCAUCAAUAUGUACUGAAUCUUUGUAUACUAUUUUGCCACAAGUCGUUGACUAUCUUUACAUAACAUUUUCCAAUUCAGAUGGAAUCGUUCAAGCCAGUGAGAUUACAGCAUCUAUACGUAUUCUAGCUAACACAUUGCAUAAUUCCUGUGAAGAUAGAAUAGAUAUUCUUUUGAAGAAUCCGAAAUAUUCAAACGAAGACUUGUAUAUUUUAUUGAAUAAAUUGUUAUCGCAUCCUUAUAUGCACAUUAGAAGAGAAACUAUGUGGUUAAUAGGAAAUUUGUACAAUCAUAAAUCAUCCAGUGUUGGUAAAAAUAUAAGAGAUCUUAUACCUUUUUUAUUAGCAUUGAAUCAGGCUUUUUCCUCAGUUGAAAAUUCUGUAUGAAUGUAAAUACACGUUAAAAUGACAUCUUAUUUCAAAGAAAGGUACGAAUUUUCUUAAUGGAUAUCGAUUUCUUCCGAUAUCUUCUAUACACGGCACUUUAACAAUAUUGAAAUAU